AUGAAUCAGAUACGCGCCAUUCAGGCGCUUAACAAAAAAGAGAUUGAAAAUGGAAUUUCACCAGACGCGUCAUGGCAUGUAGAUUAUCGCGACACAGCCUUCGUCUACUUUGGCGGCCUCCCAUAUGAACUUUCAGAAGGCGAUAUAAUCACAAUAUUCUCGCAAUUCGGUGAACCGGUAUUCCUGAAACUCGUGCGCGACAAGGAAACGGGAAAAUCCAAGGGUUUCGGCUGGCUGAAAUACGAAGACCAAAGAAGCACCGAUCUGGCAGUGGACAAUCUAGGCGGCGCUGAGAUUGGCGGUCGGCUAUUACGAGUCGACCACGCUCGAUACCAAGCACGAGACGACGAAGACCAAGAUGAAUACAAGAUCGGUUGGGAAGAUGUCCAACGCAGAGAGGGCAAGCCUGUAUCCGAUGACGAGAUGAGCGAAGAGGAAGUCCAGAGACCAAUGCUACCAGAGGAGAGGGAGCUGGCUCUGCUAAUGCGAGAUCACGACGACGACGACCCUAUGAAAGGCUUCUUAAUUGACGAGAAGAAGAAGGAGGUGGAAGAAGCUCGGCGGAGAGCUGAUAGGAAAGAGAAAUCAGACAGGCACAGACAUCACAGAUCCCACAGAUCAAGAAGAGAGAAAGUAGAUGAUAGCCGACAUGAGAGAUCUCGGAGAGACGAGGGAUCAGAGAAAGAAAAAAGACUCCCAGAGGGUGAAUCACGACGAGAAAGAUAUCGAGAUGAGUCGAGAGAGCGCCAUAGACGACACAGAGAUACAUCUCGGGGAAAUUCACAAGAGCGACAAAGACGACGGGAAAAGAAAUCUGAGGAUAGGAGGUCACAUAGAAGAGAUGAUGACAGAAGAGAUGAUGACCGGGAUAGACGUAGGAAAAGAAGAGAAGACGACAGUGAGGGGCAUAGGAGAAAUAGAAGCCGAUCUCCUCGGCGUCGUCAAGAUUAG